AUGAUUUGCUUGUGGUUCCUAUCUCUUCUUGCUUAUGGACUUACAAUACUGCAGGGAGUGAAUUGUUGGACAUACCAUUACUCAGACACAAACAUGACCUACAGGGAAGCAGAGCUGUGGUGCAAAAAGAGGUAUACUAACAUGGUUGCCAUUCAGAAUAAGGAGGAAAUAAACUAUCUCAAUAACUUCUUACCCUUCAAUCCGGGUUACUACUGGAUUGGAAUCAGAAAAAUUAAUGAGGUAUGGACCUGGAUUGGAACUAACAAAGAACUGACAGAAGAGGCAAAAAACUGGGCUUCAGGUGAACCAAAUGGCAAAGGGAACAACGAGGACUGUGUUGAAAUCUACAUCAAAAGAGGGAAGGAUAAUGGCAAAUGGAACGACGAGCAGUGUGAGAAAAAGAAGGUUGCCUUGUGCUACACAGCUUCUUGCAACCCAUCACUCUGCAGUGGCCGUGGAGAAUGCAUAGAGACUAUUAACAAUCACACCUGCCAUUGUAACCCUGGAUUCUAUGGGCCUGAAUGCGAAUUUGUUGAGAGUUGUGAUCCACUAAAGCAACCUGAUCACGGGAGCCUCGAGUGCAACCAUCCACUGGAGAACUUUGGCUACAACUCGUCCUGCACAGUUCAGUGUGAGGAAGGCUAUGAACGGACUGCAUUGGAAUCUGUAUACUGCACCUCUUCUGGGGUCUGGUCUGCCCCCCUUGCAGCAUGCAAAG